AUUUCAUCAUUGCGUUCCAUAUUUUCAUCGUCUUCUAAUUCUAGCAAACUGAAAAGGAUUCGAGGUUUACGAAAUAAUUCUUACGAACAGUUGACUGUGUCAUGGAAAGAUUGUGCUACUGUCACGCGCUGUGAACUCGUGCCCGUGCCUUACCCAAAGGAGUGCGUGACCGAACACGAUUACUCAAUCCAAAAUGGCGGGUGUCUGGUUGGUUUGGCUGGCUCUCGUUGUAGUUCAGCUGGGAUUUGGGGCUUAUGGAGUCAUUGUUUCCAAAUUCGCUAAAGAAAGCAAAGCAGAUCCCCUAAUCUUCAGCUUGAUUCGGGAUGCGGGCUGUUUUCCCGUUCUUCUGAUGGCAGCUUUUGUCUCUGAGAAGAAAAUUCAAAUUCCGUCACUGAGGGAACUUCCUCUAUUCAUCAUUCUGGGCUUAACAGGAAUGUUUGGAAAUCAAUUACUGUACCUUCUUGGCAUCUACUACACCAACGCUAACAUAGCCUCCAUUUUUCAACCUGCGAUCCCAGUGUGGACAGCUUUAAUCGCUAUCAUAGUGCGCAUAGAGCCGUAUCCAGACUUCCGUACCUUGCGCGGCUGGGGAAAGUGCUUUGGCAUUCUCUUAGCUGCGGCUGGAGCUAUAGUUAUGACUAUAGAAAAGAAAUCUGGUCAAGCUGCAGACCAUGGGGGGUCCAGCUCCUCUGGUAACAUCCAGUUUGUGGGGUACAUAUUUCUUCUCGGAAACACACUCUCCAUGUCGGUGUACAUCCUCCUUCAGAAAAAAUUCAUCUUCGACAAAGAGGACUCGUGUUGGAAAACAAAACCCGUGAAUGUUACAGCGUGGAGUUAUCUAUUUGGCGCCAUGUUUAUGGCCUUGGCUUCUCUUUAUUACGUCAAUAGGCCAGAAAAAUUCACGUACUUUCCUAAGGAAGAAAUCUACCCCAUUCUCUACGCCAUAUUCAUCGCCUCUGGGUUAUGCUACUUGUUAAUUUCGUGGUGUAACAUGCAGAUAUCUGCGUCACUUGUCACAGCGACCUGGCCUCUUCAGGUCUUGUUCUGCGCCAUCUUGUCGUAUUUCGUUUUAGGGGAGGUCCUGAAGACGUUGGAAUAUUCGGGGGGUGUGCUCAUCAUCGUGGGCCUAAUGGCGGUGGUGUGGUCAAAGUAUGCGGAAGAAAAACGAAGGAAAGAAGAGGAAGAAGAGGACUCGACGAAUAACUCUUACGGCUAUGUUAAAGUUUCGCAGUAUGACGACUUUGUUCCAGAAGGUCGGGCUGAAGAAAAAGGCGGAGUGAACUAGAGAUUUGAUUAGUACAGCUGAACUACACCAUAAUCCCUUUAAUUCCAAAGUAAGUUAUGAGUCACAGGAUAGUAAGAUAAAAAUCAGUACAUUCGGUGGUAAACAACGUAUUGAUAUAUGUACAUCAUGUAAGAUAAAGGAAAAAUACCGAGACAUUUUCCGGCGCCAAUUUAAGUAUAAGAUAGUUCUGGGUUAGUUACACGGCAGUUUGAUCUUCAGUUAAGUGCGCCGGCUUUCGAUAACAAGCUAAAUUAGUUUUGAGCAUUUGAAGCGAGACUUGUUUUAGCCUUAAGACGUCGAAUGGUGGUUAGGAGAGAAAAGAAUCUCACAUGUGCAGUGGUCAACUCUCGAAGGUAUUUCGACCCUCUCAGGGAUGGUGCUUCGUUCUGUUAGUGCGCGCGCACACGUUCCAAUGAAAGAGAUCACCGCAUAUUUUCUGUAAUGUCAUUAAAAUGAAUGUAGCAUUAUGCUUUAUCUAUCUCACGGUCUCUUACCGCAUGCGCAGACUUUAAGCAAUAGAUGAUAAAGGGUAAGAGAGAGUGUAAUCCUCCAUUUAAGCUUCAGUCUCAUGGUUAAAAGCUAAUAUGCGGAUUUCGCUCACUUGGACAUCCGCAUCGCGCUUUGUAAUAUUAUCCGUGGAGGAACUGGGUACCAUGUGUAAUAAAUUGAGAGGGAUUACCUCGGUAAUAGAGCCUAUAUGUAUACAUAAACAAUAGCCUCCACUUGGCGCGAAAAUAUGCUUGGAUAUUUUUCCGCGGACAAUAUCUGUUCCGAGAAGCGAGCAGUUUUCCGAGAGCAAAGCUUUAAUGUUCAAGGACAACUAUCCGAUCGGCAUCUUAUUUAAACUAUUGUGUCUAUCCUCAUUCAAAUAUUUUUCGCAACACAGGAUGAUAGGUUAGAUUAGAUUGAUUAUAAGAAGGAUUAACUCUCUUAGCUUACCCCAGCUUCACCUUCUCUUUCUUUUAGCAACCUUAAUAAUAAUAAUAAAAAACGAAUAUAGUAAAAUCAUCUGCAGCAAUAAUUUAACCUGUCUAGACGUCAUUUAUAAAUUCAGUAAGGAUAUCGGAAGGUAUAGAAAACAUGAUCCUCCGGCGGGACUAUCCCGUAAUACCGUGGCAGAACGUGUGCACUCCAACUAAAGGAGGCACCGUAGGAAAGAUUAGGUAUAAAAA